GACGUCAGGCCGUUAGAGACAAGCGCGGAGCCGAGGCCGCACAGCAGCAGCCGUCACACACACACCGAGGGCGACUGCGCCUUUAAGACCCGCAAAACUAACAGCCAAACCAGCCUCGGUGUCAAUGUGCGAGCGAUGAAAUUACUCGAUAUGGUUUUGUUAAAACUCUUGAUGCUGUUAUACUGCUUAAGCGACACCAAAGGUCAGUAUGGGAAAUCCCUGAGCAAGUAUAUUCGACAUUAUGAAGGCCUGUCCUACGACACAGACAUCUUACACAGCAAGCACCAGAGGGCUAAGAGAGCUCUGUCUCACCAGGACCAGUUCCUGCACCUGGACUUCCACGCUCACGGCAGGCAUUUUAACCUUCGAAUGAAGAGGGACACCUCUCUCUUCGCUCCCGAUCUGAAGGUGGAAGUUUCUGGAGAAGAGAUUCCCUAUGACACCUCUCACAUUUACACUGGAGAAAUUUACGGUGAGAAGGGCUCUCUGACCCAUGGCUCUAUCGUGGAUGGGAAAUUUGAAGGUUUCAUUAAGAGCCAUAAGGGCACAUACUACGUAGAACCCUCAGAGAGAUACCUCAAAGACCAGAAUGUGCCCUACCACUCAGUCAUCUACCAUGAGGAUGAUAUCGGUGAGCUAAUAUUGCAUUGCAGCUCUGGUGGAAUCUGUGAAAAGAAUAAACACUACUCCGAUGGGAAGAGGAAAUCUCUGAACACUGGCAUCAUCACAGUGCAAAACUAUGCUUCACAUGUUCCCUCUAAAGUCUCCCACAUCACCUUCGCUCAUGAGGUCGGACAUAACUUCGGCUCUCCGCAUGACUCAGGAAGUGAUUGUACUCCAGGAGAGUCUAAGACUCAGGACCAGAAAGAAAAAGGCAACUACAUCAUGUAUGCCAGAGCCACAUCAGGAGACAAGUUCAACAACAACAAGUUCUCCAUCUGCAGCAUUCACAACAUCAGCCAAGUGCUGGAUAAGAAAAGAUACCUCUGCUUUGUUGAGUCUGGACAGCCCAUCUGUGGUAAUGGUAUGGUUGAGGCUAAUGAACAGUGUGACUGUGGCUAUAGCGAUCAGUGCAAGGACAAAUGCUGCUAUGAUGCCAGUGCGCCAGAGGGACUGAAGUGUAAACUGAAGCCAGACACUCUAUGCAGUCCUAGUCAGGGUCCAUGCUGCACACCAGAGUGCACCUUUAAGUUCAGCGAUGUGAAAUGCAGGGAGGAGUCUGAGUGUGCUCUUAAGGGCAUGUGCAGUGGAAACGCUGCCCAGUGCCCCACCUCAACGCCUAAAGAAAACUUUACAUCCUGCCACACAAAUAGCCAAGUCUGCCUUAAUGGGGUUUGCUCUGGCUCUAUCUGUCAGAAGUAUGGUCUAGAUGUUUGCACUUGUGCCACUGAGGAGGGGAAAGACGACACAGAGCUGUGUCAUGUGUGCUGUAUGGCAAAGGGUCAGCCCAACACUUGCAGCAGCACUAGCUCAGAGAGAUGGGUUCAGUACUUUAACAAAAAGGUCACCACAUUACAGCCUGGCUCUCCUUGUAAUGACUUCAAAGGUUACUGCGAUGUCUUUAUGAAGUGUAGGCUGGUGGAUGCUGAUGGCCCUCUGGCAAGGCUUAAGAAGGCCAUUUUCAACCCUGAGCUUUACACAAGCAUUGCAGAGUGGAUAGUGGAGCAUUGGUGGGCGGUUCUUCUAAUGGGCAUUGCUCUCAUCAUGCUAAUGGCUGGGUUUAUCAAGAUCUGCAGUGUGCACACACCUAGCAGCAACCCUAAAUUGCCCCCACCCAGACCACUGCCAGGCACACUGAAGAGAAGAAGAAAUCCCGCUGCACAGACCCAGCCACAGCACCAUCGCCAGCAGAGAGAGAACUAUCAGAUGGGCCAGAUGCGACACUGAGAAGUCCUCCUCAUUGCCUUGGUUCUUCCUAGUGCCUACAGUGGGAAACACUUCACUCCAAAGAGUUAGCUGAAUCAAUCAAUGAAGCCCCAUCAACAAACUAAGAAACUGGCAAAUAAAAGGACUUCAAAGGACUAUAAUUAAGAAAACAACAGUUUUAAAGAUUAAGAAACCACUGCUCUGGGAGCCAGCAAAGCUUUCGUUGCGUAGCUCAGAGAAAAAAUUCAGAAGCUAGUCAUGAGGAAGAGGACAGAAUCAAUGAAUCAAUUUUUUUUUCUGCUUUAAAUAUUUUUUCUCAAGUUAUUAAACCAUUAUUCUCUCCACUAAAGUUUUUUUUUCCCCUCUUAUGCCUUUUUAUCUUCUUUUUUUGGAUUGCCACCCUCCUGUGGAGAUAAGCAUGAUGGGAUGUCACAAAAAUAUUUCUGCCAAUCAACAAUGGCUGAGAGAACUCUUUAAAGAGACUCGUUUUCCAAUAUGUAAUUAAGAUGUUUUUUUUUUUUAAUGCAAGCAAAAGGAUUAAAAAGCUUUUAUUUCUGAAGCUUUCUCAUUGUCUCCUGCGUGCAAUUGUACAGAGAUCACAAAAUACAUGGGAUCUUUUUCACUCAUGUCAUUUUUUUGAUUCUGUUGGAUAAUGAUAAUUAAGGAUAUUUAACUGACACUCAGGAUAUAAUAGGAAAUAAUCGGAUUAAUAGAAUUUCUAUUGGUGAAAGGCCUUUGCUGAAAGCCACAUUUGUGCAGCGCACCCCACCCCCAGCUGAUAAAUAACCACUAAAUAGCUGCAGUUCUUCAUUCCAUGUGGCCAAGGGAGUUAAUGAGAGAGAUGAUGGUUAAAAAAGAUAUGUCACUCUUAUAAGAAUCCUGAUCUGCUGAGAGUCACUGUUACUUUAUGUUCAGUCAGUAACACUGGUCCCACAGGAGACAGUCUUAAGAAAAUAAGCACAUCAGGAAAGAUUUGGUUUUUAAAUACAUAAAAGGUCUUUAUUUUGCAAUAGGAUGUCGGAAACAGGAAAGUGUGAACAGUUACACAAAUGAGUAAAUCUGGGUGGUGUGCAUUCGUGAAAGGAUGGGAUAGAGAGAGAGAUGAUAGAAGCAAUCUGUAGAUCCUUUGGAGUGUUUUUACACACCAAUCAAUAUUUAUACAAAGGAACUUUUCUUAACAGUUUUCAGUUAUUACCUCUUUUAAUAGCUAAAAAAAGAAAAGAUCCAAACUAGCAGCCUAUAUAAUCAAAGCAUAUGCCUUGUGUUGCUAUUUAGUGUAUCUGAACCAGCCCAUGGUAAUUUCACCAUAUCAUUGCAGUCCAACAUCUUUUUUUGAAAGAAAUCCUUCCAUUUUCUCUAAAUGUGCUUUUGAUUGUCUUAUGUGUGUGUCUCAACAAAGGCAGAGGGUUGCAAAUAAUUCAUGCAUCACAAAUGUCCUUUUUUAAAUUUCUCUUUUUUGGCUUUUUUUUGUAUUUUACCAGACCAGGAAUAUUUUGUCAUCUAUUUAAUUUUGUUGAAUAGGAUCCUGGUAGCGCGACUGAGAGUCCGAUGUUUCUAAAGUCUGUCUUCCCAAGCAACCUUGCAUCCUUUAAGGAUGUGCAUUUAAAACAUGGAUGAUUUGCUUAUUCCUAGAAGAUGAGUAUUCCCGACUAGAAGUCCUCCUUUUGAUCUAAAUCAUCACCUCAUUUGUGUGUCUCUGUAAAUGUUAAUGGGAAAAGGGUUUUUAGUGAGCUUAACUUUACUGCUUUGACUGCAAUUGGCUUCAAAUUAAUUAAUAAUUUCUGUUAUUCUGUGGUAAAUGGGUUUGGUUGAAUUUGUAAGGGGAUUUGGCUUAGGCUUUAAUUUUUAUUUUUUUUUUUUUGCUGGUCUUGCUUUAAGUUUAUAAAUAAUGUGCACUGAUAUGUAAGCAUGGUGUGGAUAGAAUAUGAAAAACAAGAUGGAGAAAAUG